GUACGGGCGGAAGUUCACCUUGGUAACCAAUCAUGAGCCCCUGUUGGCUCUGAAUAAAUCAAAGGAUUACUCUGGUAUGAUCGGGCGAUGGGAAACGGUGCUGCAGAGCAUGGACUUUGACAUUCGUCAUCGGAAGCACGAGAGACACGGGAAUGCGGACGGACUGACACGACUGCACCGGCCUGAGAAAGUUCCGAAGAGUGAGGAGGUGAUUCCGUGGAACGAACCCGAACAGGAGGUUGGGCUCUGGUACGGCCAAGUGGAGAUCUUGUCAAAGCACUUUCUCUUUGGAUCGGUACCGUCGGGCCGCCGCCAGUUGAUUGCGCAGGAGCUCAUCGCGUCGAUCGUGCAAUUGGCGGACGAUCUCUCGCCUGACAUCUAUUCACAAAGUGACGACAGCCCUGCCCCGUACGUUCUCGAGCGGUCAUUGGAUCCGUACCUACAGUGGACGGCGUGCUUGGAGGAGCCCAGGGACGAAGAUACGUUACCCUCACGGCAGGAGUACUUGAAGCCUUACAACAUCAUCCCUCACGCCUUCUAUCUGAAGGUGGAGGAAGUGGUGAUCGACGACGAAGAAGAAGACGCCGACGAAGAAGACGACAACGAGGAAACGUCGGAGGAAGGAAGCUAUAGCGAGUAUAGUGAGGGUGAGUUGAGUGAAGAAGAAGAAGAGGAAGAAGAAGGAACCGAGUCUGAGUGGGAAGCCUUGCCGGAGGAAGCAAUGCGCACGGGCACGGAGGCGGAAGAUCCUGAAGCCGCACGCAAGCGGGAAGAAAUUGCCACCGGGAAGCACCAGUUGGAGUUAGCCAGCGGAGCAAGCCUGCGCAUAGGUGACGAUCCGACCAAGAAUCCGGAGCCGUCGAAGCCCGAAGAUGGCGACCCCGCAGCCGCCACCCCAAGCACCUCACGACGGAGACGGAGCAGAUCCUCCUCCUCCUCCAGUCCCACCCGUCCCCCAGUUCGCCCACGUACCGAUGCGGGCGAGAGGCCUUCGUCCUCGGACGUUAUCCCGUCAUCCCCUUGAUUUUCUCACCCUCGAACAGAUCCGCACCCCCGUCACCUUCCCCCUCCAUCCUUUCCUUCCCCAUCUCUUUCGCGA